AUGUAUUAUAGUAUUCACAUUAAUCAUCGUUGUAAUACUGAUCUAUUUUCUGUACUUCAUCAAUAUUCUCUUUUAUCAUCAUCAUCAUCAUCUAAACUUGGUCGACAAUUUAUUCUUCUUUCUGAUGGACAUAUAAAUGAUUUUAAAUCUAUAUUAACAUUAUUAGAAAAUCAAUUAUCCAUGCCUAAUGAAAUAAAAGAUGGUGGUUUAAUAACUAUAUUUGAUUCAAAUUAUCGUUCAAGGUGGAAAACAAAAGUACUUCAAAUACUUGAAUAUAUUCAUCAACCAUGUCUAACAAAUAUAUCUAUUGAUUGGUAUGCUACUAUUGAUAAUCAACAAGAAAAUUUUACUAAUCAAUCACCAAAAAUAAUUCGAUCAUUAUUUAAUAGUAUGCGUUUAACUGUAUAUCGUUUUAUACAAAAUUGUCAUAAAGCAACAUUAAUAGCAACAAUAAAUAAUCAAGAAUAUGUUACAAAUGUAUUUAGAAAUAAAAUAACUGAAGCAAAAGGACGUAUUUUACAUUGUUUAACAGCACGUGCUAUUAUUCAAGAUUAUGAAAAUGAUCUAUUAUAUAAUGAUGAAUGUGAAAAUGAACUUAUUAAAAAAACAAUAUAA